CUUCGUCCUGGUUUUUUCGCUCGCGGUUUUGCAAGCGCUCAAGAUAUAUCUACACUUCUUUUGGUCGAACGCAAUGGUAAUUCUAUCGCCUCCUCUACCUUCAAUUCUCUCACUGCUGCUACUAAGUUAGGAGGUGAGGUAACAGCCCUUGUGGCAGGUGAAGAGCCAGACAAUGUCGCUUCUGAAAUUUCAACGAUCACCGGUAUAUCCAAGAAGAAGUUUAAUUUUACUCAUUUGGUAGCUCCUCAUUCAGCAUUUGGCAAAAAUAUUAUGCCCCGAGUCGCUGCUUUACUAGAUGUUGCACAAAUUUCUGAUAUAAUUGAUAUUGAAUCCUCAGACGUUUUUAUAAGGCCGAUUUAUGCUGGAAAUGCUAUCUCUAAAGUAAAGUCAAAAGAUCCUACAAAAGUUAUUACUGUCCGAGGAACCGCGUUUCCUCCUUCUAAUGUAGCUGGCAAUAAUGCUGCUAUUGAAGUGGCACCAGAUGCUGAAAAACCUUCAAUGACUGAAUGGAUUAGUGAAGAUCUUCAAAAAGGUGAUCGUCCUGAGCUUGGAACUGCAACAAGAGUUGUGUCUGGGGGUAGAGCAUUAAAAAAUCUUGGUGGUUCAAGAGCUGCUGUUGAUUCAGGUUAUUGUGAUAAUGCACUACAGGUGGGGCAAACGGGAAAAGUUGUCGCUCCAGAAUUAUAUUUGGCUGUUGGCAUUAGCGGCGCAAUCCAACACGUAGCGGGAAUGAAGGAUAGUAAAAUGAUAGUAGCAAUCAAUACUGAUGCCGAGGCCCCAAUAUUCCAGAUUGCGGAUUAUGGACUUGUUGCUGAUUUAUUCCAAGCUGUUCCAGAGCUAACGGAGAAAGUGAAAAAUUAA